AUGUCAUUCGUACGAAUACACGAACGUCGGAAGUCAGAUAAUAGGUUUGAAGUUGUGUUCGUCAUGACAGGCGAUUGCGGUGACCCUACAGCCCCAGGCUACGUGGCAUAUAAAAAGAUUGCUACGACCAGUUCCGGUCAGGUCUUCCAUCUGAAUAAGACAGACGUCGAUGAGGUUCUAGACUUCGUCAGGGAGUCAAUGCAGCCAAGCAAAGUGAACUUGGUGUCGCACGAGGCCUCUGAAGAAAGAAAAGUUGACCUCAAGCUCAACGUAGACAGCAGUCUGGACGAAUUCACUGUAUCUGUAGCAGGGGACAAACCGACGCUUUCGAUAGUAGACCCGCAUGGGUAUAGACUAGAGAGAGGUACAGAUUUCAAGGUCAUCCUUCACCUUGAUAACGUGCUCGUAGCUAAGGUUAAAAGCCCCAAGCCGGGAGAGUGGACGCUUGACGUGGGUAGUGACGGAGAGUACACGGUGCGGUCUACUGGACUAAGCGAGGUCAACUUUGAGCACGGAUUCUCCAACGGACCAGUAAAGUCACUGGCCGAGACGCAUCAUAGACCUCUAAAAGGUGACGCAAACACUCUUAAAAAUGAACUUCACCGCAUAGCACGCUCCUAG